AUGACUGGGGGGCCAACUCCAUCUGUUAAGAAGUUGAACUCUUCUGCAAAAUCACAUACAAUCGUUGACUCUGGCUACGAUGCCAAUGUAUUUGCUGGUAAAAAGGAACAAAUGGUGCAAGUAGGUAAAUAUUUGGAGAGCUCUGGUUUUCUGCCAAAGGAACUCGUACAGAAUGAAGUGUCGUGGUUUUAUGGCAAUCUGGGUAUUGAUGACUAUUACUUUGCUCUGGAAUCUGUCGAAACGAUAGCAAACCACAUCAUGGCUCUCUAUGGUGCUAAAAUACUGGCAUUUACCAAGAACGAGAACGUCUUGGACAUCAAUCUAGAAAAGGAAUCUGAGGACUCGUCUGUUUACAUUCAUUCUUCUCAACCUGGCGUGUCUCAGCUUCAAGGCCCUCAAUGCGAAAGAAAGAUUGACGAACAGUACCUUGAUACGUCUGCGACAACAGAUGCUUAUCGUGUCGAGUCUUAUCGCUCCAGUACUACCGUGCCAACUGGCAUGGCAGCAUCUCAGCUCCGUUGUUAUUUUGUUACCAAGUGUCAGUUCAACAGCCCCAAUCCUACACCAGAGCAAGAAACAGACCUCAAUCAAGUAGCAGAUCAGAACUUUUUGAUUAAAGCAACAGAACACACACGAUCCAUCUAUCAGGAUGUCAUGCGCAAUGUCCUUCGGAGAACUGGACCUGUGAUUGAGAUGUAUGAUGUACAGGGAACUCGCGAGCGUCGCCUCAUUAUUGGUUAUCGCCAAAGAAGUACACAAGGUUUCUUUUCUGCAAUGUCUGAUCUCUAUCACUAUUAUGAUUUGUAUUCGAGUCGCAAAUACGUUGAGCAAUUCUCCAAUGGUGUCACCAUCAUGGGCCUCUAUCUAAACCCUCUCCCCAACGCCAAAACAAUCCCCAUCGAGCACUCAAUCUAUCAAGUCAUGAAGGAGACCUCACUUUUGUAUUGUCUGCCCAAGAACCCCUUGCAGCAAUUUUUCAUGACCAAUAAACUCUCGGUCCAAGAAACUGUCUAUGGCUACGUGGGAUGGAUCUUCUCGCAGCAUUUCUUGAACCGUCUUGGUAAGGAGUAUCUCAGCCUCUCUGAUAUCCUGGAUACUUCCAACCCCUUACACGAGGAGGUGUUGGCCAAGAUGAAGAAGCGUUUGAGACAAGAUACCUUUACUCGCGAAUACAUUCUUGACAUUGUGAAGCAAUAUCCGGAUUUGAUCAAGCUGCUGUACGCUCACUUUGCCAAGGUACACUAUGUCAACCAGCGUGAAGCAUCUCUCGAGCCUACCAUCUCCUAUCAGCGUUUGACUAUCAUGGAGAAUCUGACAGAAGAGCAACUGCUCAAAAAGAUAAAGACAGUGACAUCCAACAGCCACGAGCAGCUUGUGUUUGAGGCUUUCAUGACAUUCAACAAGCAUGUUCUCAAGACCAACUUUUACCAAACCACCAAAGUGGCUCUCUCUUUCCGCAUGAAUCCUAGCUUUCUGCCUGAAAUUGAGUACCCCAAUACGCCUUACGGUCUGUUCUUGGUUGUUGGCUCUGAAUUCCGUGGUUUCCACAUCCGUUUCAGCGAUGUGGCCCGUGGCGGUAUCCGUAUGAUUCGCUCCAGAAACAGAGAGGCCUAUUCUAUCAAUUUGCGUACCUUGUUUGACGAGAAUUACAACUUGGCAGGAACGCAGCACCGCAAGAACAAGGACAUUCCUGAGGGUGGAUCAAAGGGUACUAUUCUUUUGGAUGUGGAUCAACAGGACAAGCCCUUGGUCGCUUUUGAAAAGUAUGUGGACUCUAUCCUCGACUUGCUUAUUGAUGGAGAAACUAUUGGCAUCAAGGAUAGACUGGUUGAUUUGACUGACAAGCCCGAAAUUCUCUUCUUUGGCCCUGAUGAGGGAACUGCUGAUUACAUGGAUUGGGCUUCAUUACACGCAAAGAAACGAGGCGCUAGUUUUUGGAAGGCCUUCACGACGGGUAAGAGCCAAUCUAUGGGCGGUAUUCCACACGACAAGUACGCCAUGACAACGCGAUCUGUGCAUCAGUAUGUCUUGGGUAUCUAUCGCAAGUUGAGUCUCAAGGAGGAAGAGGUUACCAAGUUCCAAACGGGCGGCCCUGAUGGAGAUUUGGGCUCCAAUGAAAUCAAGAUUUCAAGCGACAAAACAGUUGCAGUCGUAGACGGCUCUGGCGUCUUAUACGAUGCUGCUGGUAUCAACCGUACUGAACUCGUUCGCUUGGCCAACUCCCGCUUGAUGAUCAGUAAUUUUGACGCAGGCAAAUUGUCGUCAGAGGGAUUCCGUGUGCUGGUGGAUGAAAUCAAUGUCAAGCUACCCGAUGGAUCCGUGGUGGAAAACGGGCUUAACUUUAGAAACACAUUUCACACCAAUGUGCUUGCUCAAGCUACGUUGUUUGUGCCAAACGGUGGUCGCCCUGAAUCUGUUGGUCUGGAUAACGUGCAAGCAUUGAUUGAUUGUGGCAAUGGACCUUUAUUCAAAUACAUUGUUGAAGGCGCCAAUCUAUUCUUUACACAAGAGGCUCGUCUUCGAUUGGAAAAGGCUGGCAUCGUGGUUAUCAAGGAUGCUUCGGCCAACAAGGGCGGCGUCACAUCAUCUUCAUUGGAAGUAUUGGCUGCCUUAGCCUUCAAUGAUGCUGAAUUUGAAGAGCACAUGUGUAUCAGAAAUGGCGUUGUACCCGAGUUUUAUGAAGCCUAUGUCAAGGAAGUUCAAAGCAUUAUUGAACGAAACGCUAAUCUUGAAUUUGAAGCUCUCUGGAAGGAACACAAAAAGAGUGGAGAACCCAUCUCGAUCCUUUCGGAUGAACUGUCGACUGACAUUGUCCAGCUCAAUGAGCAGCUACAGAGCACAGGUCUGUGGGAUAACAUUGCCUUGCGCGAAGCAGUUUUGAAGCGAGCUUUUCCUAGAUUGCUCUUGGAGAAAUUGGGGUUGGAAACCUUGCUGAAGCGAGUGCCUGAGAACUAUGUUAAAGCUAUCUUUGGUGCUACACUGGCUUCUCAAUUUGUCUACAAGUACGGUCCUCAUCCUGACAAUUUUGCCUUCUUUGAUUUCAUGAGAUUGAAUUACUAA